AUGAAGGAAUCCAUAGACGUUGAUCAGAUGUUAAAAAAUUGUUCAUUUGGUAGCAGGCAAUUCUCCUGUCAUCGCUAUUUCGAUAUGCAACUAACUGAGCUGGGACCUUGCAUUGUGUUUAAUAGUUUUCUGAUGCAGCGUAAUUCCUUGAAUGAAAAAAUGCGUAGAAAUGAGAUGUUUUUUCUGGAGGAAACAAGCCCGAAUUGGCAUCUCAGCUUCGAUUUGGUAGGAAACGCCAAGGAUGCUAGGAUAUAUAUGAAAUCAACCACCAAUCUGCUCUCUUUGAGGGACAAGUCAACUUUUACGCCGAGCACAGAAUAUCACACGACUAUUAAUUUCAAGAUUUUUGGCAUACUUAACACACCGGCUGUUAGGGCUCUGAGACCUUGGCAGCGAAAGUGCUAUUACUCUAACGAGAUGUUUAAUGAUAUGAAGCCGUAUAUCAGGAGCACGUUUUAUGAUGAAUCCCUUUGCCUUAACUUUUGCCAUGCCAUGCUGUUUGUCGAGAAAUGCAAUUGUCUACCCCACGUUUACAACGAUUUUUUCAAAAGUUAG